UCUCUCUGAAGAUGGCGGCAAUGCAACAUUUACGGAAAGCGUGCGCUCACGCCGGUUUUACUCCUUUAAUAGUCAGGAGGUUGGCGACCAUUGUUCCCAAUGUUUCUCAAGUAGAUAAUUCUUCAAAUUUCCUGAGCAAUGUUCCUCACCGAAAACACCCUGGCAUCCUCCAUCUCAAGUGUGUGAUGCUUCCGCCUGAGUUAGUGCAAGCAGUUUCCUUUUGGGUAGCCCAAUCCCCCAUACGCGAUCUGGAGAAGAAAUCUGAGUCUCUUAGCAACUACCUCUGGAGCCGCAAACGCCCGGUAGAGUUGAAAGACCUGCGUAAAAAACAACUCCUUCUGGAACAGGAACUAAGGAAGGAUGCAGAAGUCCUGAUCCAGCAGAAAGGUGGAUCUCUAGAUGAAAACGAUGAGAAGCUGAAGCAAAAACUUUUGAUUGCUAUUCGUAAAUCAAUUUACCACUGGGAAGAGUUAAAAUAUACUCAGGAGCUCAGCUUUCUGUACAUGGUUAGCCGCAUGGAUGCAAACUACGCAGCAGUGAGCCGAGCUUUCCAUGAAAUCCAGAAGCGAGUACCAGAUUUCCAGCCCAAAACUUUGCUGGAUUUCGGCUCGGGUACCGGUGCUGUCAGCUGGGCAGCCCAUAGCAUCUGGGGCGAAAGCUUGAAAGAAUACAUGAAUAUUGAUUGCUCUGUUCCCAUGCUGGACCUGGCAGAGAAACUAAUGCAAGGCAUCUCUGAAUCCCAAGAGCUCUGCUUUCCUGGUGUAUACUUCAGGCAGUUUUUCCCCGUUGGACCAAAGAUGACAUUUGACAUCGCAGUAUCCGCUUUCUCUCUCAAUGAUCUGCCAACCUAUGGUCAGAGGAAGGCAACGGUGAAAAACCUAUGGAAAAAAACCAACCACUUUCUGGUUCUGGUUGAAAAUGGAACCAAGGAAGGCCAUCAGAUGCUCAUGGAGGCCCGAGAUGUCAUUUUGAAGGAGGCAGAUAAAGUAAAAGAAGAAGCUCAUGUUUUUGCUCCGUGCCCACACCACUUGCCCUGUCCUCGCUUGUUACUGGAUAAUCCUUUGCCGUGUAACUUCCUCCAGCAAUAUCAACCCCUGCCUUUGCCUUGGAAUCCUCCACACAAAACCGAGAGAUUUUCUUUCUUGAUCCUGGGCCGGGGAUCGGGGAAGUCGAUGGAGUCCUGGCCUCGCAUCACCCAGCCUGUCCUUUGCCGCAAAGGCCACGUCCAUGUGCACCUGUGUUGUGCUGAUGGCACCCUUCAACAUGCUGUUGUGACAUCAAAAAAACAUAGCAGGGAUCUCUAUCGAUGUGUCUGGAACAGUAAUUGUGGAGAUCGGCUUCCUAUUCUGACUUCAGAUAAAAAAUCCAUUGUGGAGGACAAGUCAACUCUCGAAGACCAGAUAAACAAUUCUCAAAAAGUGAAUACUGCUCCGUGCCAGGAUCAGAAUUGAUGAGGUCUCUUCCGACUUAGUUUUAUACUUCUUUUCGGUAUGCCGUUUGAAGCUGUAGACCCAAGGUUGUUUCUGCUUGGCAGUGCGUGUAUAAUCAACAAGAUCAAAGUGUGGUACACCUCAGUCCACGUUCUGUGGAUCAUGGUGAUUUUCAUGGAACAACUUCAGCCAGUAUCAGAUGAUGUGGAUUUAAUUCAGCUGUUUUUCUCUUGGAUAUUAAUAGCCAGCCUAGUGAGGUAUCCGGAGAUUUAAUUAGCUGUGAUUAUGUUGGUGGGCAGUUUGACCAUUCUCUCAAGGCAGAGACGAACCCUUUGGUCAACUUCUUCAGUCUUGUGCUCUACAAAAAAUUUGAAUUACAGUUUCCAUCUCUA